CUGCGAGUCAGUCAGCGGAACACGGAAGUGACGUAGCAUGGGGGAGCUAAAGUUUUGAACAGUUUUGAGCGGUGAAAUCACUGCUAAGGUCACCAUGAGCCAGCAUGAGGACUCGUGGGAGAAGCUGGAGACUGAGUUUGAUCAUUUACUACUGGACAUAAAACCAUAUCUCCUUAAAAACCCAAACAAGACCGAGCGGCAGCUUUGUGCCGCAUGGAUAAAGAAGCUGUGUGACCCAGUCACGCACGGGCCGGGUUUCACGGGUCGUAAGAAUCGCAACAUGUACGCCCGUUUGAUGCUUCACAUGCUCAGAAGACGGGUUCUGGAGGAGCCUUUCAUCAGCAAGCCGGAGCCAGGAAGCCUCAAGACGCUCCCUACCUACAUGUCCAUUUACUUUGACGAGCCGCUGGUCAGUCGGGCUGCUGAGCACAGCAAUAGAGCUCUGCUGGAGUGGGCGACAGGAGAGCUGGGCGGCUACACCGACAAUAGUUUGAGCUUGGAGCUGCUGAAGGACAGACCCAGCUCCACACCCACUGCAGCUCACUACAGGAGAAAGCUGUACGACGAGACGAGCCAAUCGCAACCCAUGUCCUGUAGUCCGCUCAGAGAUUCACCCAGACAAGACGCAAGGAUGGUGAAUGGGGGGCUGAAGGCAGAUACGUCUCUCUAUGACAGCGACCUGGAGGCUCGUCUCAACAGCUGGAACAUGGGGAUUGAGAGCCCCAGGUAUUUGCGAGAGAAGCCAGUUCCCCUGUCCCCAAUUUUCAAGUCAAGUUAUGGGAAGAACAGCACCUUGGCCGAUGAUCCGAGCCUGCAGCUGGUGCAGAGCAAAGAGACAGAGAUGAAGAUCAAGGUGCUGGAGGCCAAGUACCACGAGGAGAAACUGAAGAUGCAGCAGAUACAUGACGCAGAUGUUGAGAAAAUCCUCAACCGGAAAAAUAGUGAGAUUGAGGAGGUCAAAAACCUGUACCGGGCGAAGCAGAAAGAAUCGGAGGAGAUGAUCUGUAAGCUCGAGAAGAAAGUUCAAACUGUGCUGCGGGAAUCCCAGGUCAUCUGCGAGAGCAAAGACAAGCAGAUCGCGGAGCUGAAGAGGAUGACGGACCAGAGCGUUGACUCCCUAAAAAAUGAGUGGGAGAAAAAGCUGCAUGCUGCUAUGACUGAGAUGGAGCAGGAGAAAUUUGAAAUGCAGAAGAAACACACCAAGAAUAUCCAGGAGCUGCUGGAGGACACCAACCUUAGACUGGCUAAGAUGGAGUCCGAGUACAACGCUCGGCUGCAGGGAACUGAGCAACCAAUGCGUGAGCUGGAGCAGCGGGCGAAGCAGCAGUCAGUGGAGCUUGAGAAGGGCAACACACUGCGUCAGAAAGUGACACAGGAGAAGGCCCAGCUGGAGAUCCACGUUGCAUCCAUCAGCGCUGAACUGCAGGAGGCUAACAGAAGGAUCAUGGUCCUGCAGAAGGAGAAGGAGCAGCAGAGUGAGCAGCACAAGCAAAACGUACAGAAGCUCCAAGCCAAACACGAAACUGACGUGAGCCACUUACAUCAGGAACACGCUCUGUCCGCCGCUAAGGCUUCCGAAGUGAUCGAGGGCUUGGAGAGCGCUGUGGCUCAGAUGAAACAGCAGUUCCAGGACAGUGAUUAUCGGAGACACCAACAAGUCAGGGAUCUGGAGAUUAAGUUUCAGCAGGAAAAAGAUGAGUUGCAGAUCAGCUAUGAGAAAAAGAUUCUGGCGGUUCACAGUGAGGCAGAGAAGGAGAGAAUAGAGGCUAAGAGGAAGAUAGCCAAACUGGAGGAUACACUCAGGGGGAUGGAGGGUCAGCUGGACAGAGCCAAGGAGAGCCAAAGACAGCAGAUCCAGCAGGCGGAUAUGACGCUGGAGCACUUCAAGAAACAGAUGGAAAAGGUAGAGGAGGACCUGAUGCACUCCAAGUCCCUCAGGGAGAGCCAGGCCAAAGAGUUCUCUCAGCAACUUGACGCACUCAGACACAAAUACGAGCAGCAGAUGGCUGAGCAGCGCGUGCAGCACGAGCAGGAGAGGACUCGGCUUCAGCAGCAGCACAGCGCCGAAAAGGACAGCCUGGUCCAGGAGCACCAGCGGGAGGCGGGCAGCCUGGAGAGGCAGGCCAGGGCCGCCCUGCAACAGCACCAGCAGCACGCCCAGGAGUGGAGGAAGCUCGACGCCCAGAAAAUUUCAGAUUUGGAAGGCCAGUUGGCAAAUUUGCGUGAGGAACUCCAGCAAGCCCAUGGCCAGCAUAAGCAGCAAGCGGCGAAGAUGGCAUUGCUGCAGGAUGAGGAAAAGCAAAGGGCGCUCCAGGACAAGGCAUCCAUGGACCAGCUCCGCGCCGACAUGGAGCGGAUUUGCAGCGACCUCCAAAGAAGCCACCAGCUGGAGAAGGACGCGAUCAGCGAGAAGACCAACAGCAGGGUGAAGCAGAUUGAGAAGGACUGCAGUCAGAAGCUUGCAAAGUCUGCCCAGCUAAUUGCGGAGCUGCAAACAUCUGUAUGUGACUCAAAGGAGGAAACGGUUCGUCUGCAGCAGGCAAUGGAGAAGCAGAUGAAGGAGGCUAGCGGCCGCUGGGACCAGGAAAGGAGAACAAUAACCCACUACGCCGAUCAAGCCAACAAGGCUCUGCAGGAGAAGGUAGAAGGUCUGCAGAGGCAGCUGCACUGCUCCGAGAAGAAGCUGCUCAGCAAAGAGCUGGAGACCGAAGAGAAGGUGACACUGGUGCGUCAGGAGUAUGAAGAGAGGAUCAAGGGCUUGAUGCCGGCUGAGCUCAGAAAGGAACUGGAGGACACCAUCACCUCCCUUAAAACUCAGGUAACAGUGAUGAAGCCCCAGCUUGACCUACACCGCGACAUGAAGGACUACAUCUCCACUCAGAUAGAAAAGACGGGCAGCCUGAGAGAAGCUCCCCCGCUGACAUAAGAGAGUGAGGAGAUUACAGUAGAAGCCGAGAGGGAGGUGAGGACGCACGGGCUUUCUCCCGCCGCCUGCAGAGCCAUGAGCCGGGCGCUCAUGGACCACAUCGCCGGCAGUUUCCGAGAAGAUGCCCCUCGGCCCCCGGUGCCCGGGGAGGAGGGCGACGCGCCCCGCUACCCCGGCAAACUGGCAACAAUGAAGCCCCUGGAGCCCCCCAAACCCGUUCUCCUCGGCUCCCCGGGCUCCUCUUCCAGGAGGAACGAGGACGGUCUCGGGGAGCCCGAGGGGAGCGCCUCCCCGGAUUCGCCGCUCUCCCGGUGGACGAAGUCUUUGCACUCCCUCCUCGGGGACCAGGACGGCGCGGUCCUGUUCCGGGCGUUCCUGGAGCGGGAGAAGUGCGUCGACACUUUGGACUUCUGGUUCGCCUGCAACGGCUUCAGGCAGAUGGACCUCAAGGAUACCAAAACGCAGAGGGUCGCCAAAGCGAUUUACAAGCGCUACAUCGAGAACAACAGCGUCGUGGCCAAGCAGCUGAAGCCCGCCACCAGAACCUUCAUACGGGAUAAUAUCAAGAAGCAGCACAUCGACUCGGUGAUGUUCGACCAGGCGCAGACCGAGAUCCAGACCCACAUGGAGGAGAACGCGUACCAGAUGUUCCUGACCUCUGACAUCUAUGUGGAGUACGUGAGGACCGGAGGAGAGAACCAGAGUCACGUCAGCUCGGCCGGUUUGGAGGACCUGAAAGUCGUUUGCGGAUACCUGCCCACGCUCAACGAAGAGGAGGAGUGGAGUUGUGACUUCAAAGCCAAAGCGCUGCUCGGGCUGUCGGCGAAGGCGCAGAGGCCCCCGGUGACCUUGAGGGCGGUGGAGGUGAUGGACAAGGGAUACAGAUCCUACAAAAGAGGAGACUCGCUCAGCCCUUGCCACGCGGGAUACUUCGCCCCCGUCAGCAGCACCAAUGACAGCGAGGUUUCUAGCGACGCCUUGACUGAUGACGCCAUGUCUGUGACUGACAGCAGUGUAGAUGGCAUCCCUCCAUAUAAACUGGGCUCCAAGAAGCAGCUGCUGAGAGAGCGGCAGCGCAACAUGAGGAUGAACAGCCAAGUCUCUCUGCCUGCCUUUCCUCGCACUCGCUGCCCCCCCAAGGAGAUGGUGCCGAUGGAGCCGGCGAAGUUCGCCGCCCAGCUGAUCUCUCGCCUGGAGAGCCUGAAGAAGGAACAGGACACGGUCAACUCUCUGGAGGAGAGGCUCCAGCAGAUUCAGGAGGAAGAGGAAAGAGAAGACACGGAGAUCACUGGAAGCGCUCCCCACACGCUGACCCUCCUCCCCGGCUCGUCGGACGAGGACGCCCAGGCCAUCCUGGACGAGCACCUUUCCCGGGUCCUGAAGACGCCCGGCUGCCAGUCCCCCGCCGUGAUCCGGCACUCGCCUCGCUCCCGGUCCCCCGAGCACGGGCCGUUCGCCCACGCCGGUUUCGGGAUCCAGGCCCCGGCGGGGGCCGGGCCCUCCUCCGGUCCUUCCGCCUCCGCUCCCGAACAGGCGGCGUUCGCCGUGUCCUCGAGGCCCAACAGGACGCUCGCGAGCAGGCAGAGCACGAAACACAUCCACCACCACUACAUCCAUCAUCACGCCAGCCCCAAGUCUAAAGAGCAGAUUGAAAGGGAGGCGGCCCUGAGGGUGCACGGGGUCUACAGCAACGGAGAGUGCCCCCCCUGCCAACCUUACCAGCGGAGCCGCAGCCUGGGCAGAGAGAUCUGCGGGGCCACCUCGACGGACAACAGCGUGGGGCGCUCCAGCUCGCUGUCGAGGCGCGCGUGUCACUCCGGCGCCGAGGACGGGGCGGCGGAGCGGUGCGGGGACGACUGCGGCCUCGUCCAGCUGCCCAGCGACACGACGGACCCCGCCCAGAACGUGCUGCAGUGGAUCCUGGAAAGCAAGCGGCAGGGCAGGCACAAGCCUCACAGUACCCAGAGCACCAAAAAGUCCUUCGGGGGCGCCGCCGCUCAGGCGCCCACGUGGGGCGGCGGCGGGAGCUGCGGCCACCUGCGCAGCCACCAGCCGGCCCAGCCGUUCAUCCAGGACCCCGCGAUGCCUCCCCUGCCCCCUCCCAACACUCUGGCCCAGCUGGAGGAGGCCUGCCGCAGACUGGAGGAGGUCUCCACGACAAAGACGCCCAAGCAAAGGCAUUCAGUGUCCAGUCUUCAGAGAGAGAAGACCCACCUAGUGCCUGCCCAGAACGGAGGGUCCAUCCCUCUGUCUCUAGUCGCUUCCAGCUCUAGCGGCUUCCUCACCGCCACCAGCUCAAGUCUCCAUUCAGACGAGUCUAAGAAGGCUUUAGGCGUCCACGCGGCGUGCGGCGGCGAGACGGUGGUGACGUACUUCUUCUGCGGCGAGGAGAUCCCUUACCGGAGGACCAUGAAGAGCCACAGCCUCACCCUCGGACACUUUAAGGAGCAGCUCCGCAAGAAGGGCAACUACAGGUACUACUUCAAGAAGGCCAGCGACGAGUUCGAGUGCGGCGCCGUGUUCGAGGAGGUGUCGGACGACGGCGCCCUGCUGCCCACCUACGAGGGCAAGAUCCUGGGCAAAGUGGAGAGGAUGGAGUGAAGCGACGGAGAUCUGUGCGAAUCGGACUGAAACGAAAGAGGGACAAAGCGUCGACGCCGGCACGCCUUGAAGUGAAGAGAAUCUCGACCGUCGUUUCGCCCGGACUGAAACAUUCCCAGAGGAGGAAUUACCUGGAGACUCAUGGGGGGGGGGGGAGGUUUAAAUCUGAGACUGAGAGCCUACCUGACCUUACCGGCGCCGGUGACCGUGGGCACGUGCCGGCACAUUGCCAAUGUGCGUAUUUCCACAUACACAUGUACAUUGCAUUGUAUCGUGACGCUCGUGUUGCUGUGUAAAGAUUUCUAUUGCUAUUUAUUGGAAACAUCCCAAAUCCCGUCGUUCCUCCGUGGGCCAAGGUGCUCGGAGCUGGAGACGCGUCUCCGACUUGUCACAUCCGCGCUUUCUCGCCAAACCGGUCGCGCUCCCGGAGAUUGGAUUUGACUGAGCAGCUUCCCGCCGAAAGCUCCCGAGAACGGAUCGUCACUUAAAGUUCAGUAAUAUAUACGUCACUACUGCUACGUGCUGUGUGCGGAUGAUGUGUCCCCACCUGCUCCGAAGAGCCCUUAGCGCGCUAUGAAAAACGACGCCAUUGUGUUUAAUCCCCCCCCUCCGCUCCGGGACUCUGCCCAUUUAGCCUUGAUCUGUCUUAGUGCCUUUGUUUCUGUGGCGCAGGCAUCGCACAAACAGCCGACACGUUCACCGAGAGGAGAGCGCCCGCCCCCGACAGGUUCUCCAGUCCCCGAAAAAUGUGUUUACGCCAACGUUAAUAUUAACCAACGAAAAGCUCUAUAAUGUGCUCCCCUGUGUGCUUACCUGUGUGCGUGCGUGCGUGUGUGUGUGUUUGCGUGACUGCGUUCGGUUGGGGUCUGUGGUUGGAGUCGGGUCAGUCUGCGUGUAUCCGAGCUGCAGACGAUAACGACGAUGGUAAAAUACACUGUGUUCGCGGUGUAUGAAUUGAGUACAGAUGCUGUGCCUACAUGGGUUCUUGCCAUGUUUUAACCCAGUUUUCAGGGUCCUAUUAAUCCCUUGGUUUUUACAAGGGGCCUUAUGUUGAAAAUAUAUUUUUAUGCCUUUUAGUAUCUGUUUCAUCGUGUUUUAUGUUUUAUUAUAUUUUUCAUGGCUUCCUCGGCUCCACUCGUAAACUGUAAAUUAUGCGUUCUGUAGAACCCGGUUGAAAAGAUGCCUCGGUACUUUAAUUAUUGUAAUUAUGAAGAGAUGUAGCCUCUAUUAAAAUGUUCUAUUUUUCAAAUUA